AUGCCCUCUCUGCCCACGGAGGCCCGAGAGGAUCUGGAACUCCCCAUUACACUUCCAGAGGUCCAGCUUGCGCUGAAGAGCGCCAAGCCGGGGAAAGCCCCGGGCCCUGACGGACUUACCAUAGCAUACUACAAGACGUUACUACCGACCCUGGGGCACCACCUAGUGAGACUUUUUAACGAUCUCGGCUCAGGGAAAUUGCUCCACGCCACCACACUGCAAGCCCAGAUAUCUGUAAUACUGAAAGAAGGGAAAGACCCAGCUAGCUGUAGCAGCUACCGCCCCAUAUCCCUUCUCAACACUGACCUCAAGCUGUUUACCAAAAUUCUGGCGUCGAGGCUACAGAGAUAUGACAGCAAACAGAUAGUCUAUGCUUACAUCGUUACAGCUGCUGAGGAACCUCAGACUGUGAGGGACGGUGCCAUCCUUCCAACAGAUAAGAGGUUUUCCUGUACUGAGUGCGGGAAUUGUUUCCGCUUUAAAUCUGAACUUAAUGUGCAUAAAAGAUCUCACACAGGUGAGAAGCCUUAUUCCUGUUCUGAGUGCGGGAAAUGUUUUUCACGGAAGUCCUAUCUUUCCAUACAUCAGAGAUCUCACACGGGGGAGAAGCCGUAUUCUUGUCCUGAGUGCGGGAAAUGUUUUUCACAGAAGUCCUAUCUUUCCACACAUCAGAGAUCUCACACAGGGGAGAAGCCGUAUUCCUGUCCUGAGUGCGGGAAGUGUUUUUCAGAGAAGUCCCAUCUUCACAGACAUCAGAGAUCUCACACGGGGGAAAAGCCAUAUUCCUGUCCUGAGUGCGGGAAAUGUUUUUCAGAGAAGUCCAAUCUUUACAUACAUCAGAGAUCUCACACAGGGGAGAAGCCGUUUUCCUGUCCUGAGUGCGGGAAAUGUUUUUCAGAUAAGUCCAGUCUUUACAGACAUCAGAGAUCUCACACAGGAGAGAAGCCACUUUCCUGUCCUGAGUGCGGGAAAUGUUUUUCACAGAAGUCCCAUCUUUCCAAACAUCAGAGAUCUCACAAGGGGCAGAAGCCAUAUCCCUCUUAUCCUGAGGAACCUCAGACUGUGAGGGACGGUGCCAUCCUUCCAACAGAUAAGAGGCUUUCCUGUACUGAGUGCGGGAAUUGUUUCCCCUUUAAAUCUGAACUUAACGUGCAUAAAAGAUCUCACACAGGUGAGAAGCCUUAUUCCUGUCCUGAGUGCGGGAAAUGUUUUUCACGGAAGUCCUAUCUUUCCAUACAUCAGAGAUCUCACACGGGGGAGAAGCCGUAUUCCUGUCCUGAGUGCGGGAAAUGUUUUUCACAUAAGUCCUAUCUUUCCACACAUCAGAGAUCUCACACAGGGGAGAAGCCGUAUUCCUGUCCUGAGUGCGGGAAGUGUUUUUCAGAGAAGUCCCAUCUUCACAGACAUCAGAGAUCUCACACGGGGGAAAAGCCAUAUUCCUGUCCUGAGUGCGGGAAAUGUUUUUCAGAGAAGUCCCAUCUUUCCAAACAUCAGAGAUCUCACACAGGGGAGAAGCCGUUUUCCUGUCCUGAGUGCGGGAAAUGUUUUUCAGAUAAGUCCAGUCUUUACAGACAUCAGAGAUCUCACACAGGAGAGAAGCCACUUUCCUGUCCUGAGUGCGGGAAAUGUUUUUCACAGAAGUCCCAUCUUUCCAAACAUCAGAGAUCUCACGCGGGGGAGAAGCCGUAUUCCUGUUCUGAGUGCGGGAAAUGUUUUUCACAGAAGUUAAAUCUUUACAAACAUCAGAGAUCUCACACAGGGGAG